GCAGGGGCAGGAACGACUCAGGGGCGCUUUAACAGCGGGCUGGGUGCGGCGGGGGCCGCGGGGCUGAAGUAUCAAGCGUGAGGAGCGGGGCGAGCCUCGCCGGUGCUCCCUCACGUCCCCGAGGAGCGGGCAGGGCGCUCCCGGUCUCCUCAGGCUCCCGGCCGGGGCCGAGCGCGGAGGGGGCGGGGAGGCAGCGGUUGGUGAGGGCGGGUAGUUCAAACCCGAGCGAGGGAAAGCGGCGGCGGCCGCACGCGAGGGGCCGGUGUGGGUGGGGACAGGCGAAGCGGCUCCUCGCCAAGGGCAACGGGCCGGGGCCGGGCGGCGAGAGCUGCUGGAGCUGCUCCAGCCCGCCUUCACUCCUGCUCCUCGCCUUCAGCCCUGCUCGGGGUGCCCGCCGCCGCCUCAGCCGCGCCCGUGCUAGGGCGGCCUCCAGGCUCCGCUCUGCGCCCGCCCCCUCGCCAGACGAGAGGGCGAAGCGGUUGCGUUGCUCGUGUCCGGCAUCCCAGGUGUCUGAGGGACCUCCGGGUGCUGGUCCUCAGCUAAUCUCAGUUAUCGCCAUCGCUGGAAACAACAGUGGUAUCUUCAUCUACAAAGUCGAAGUGUCAAGCAGAAGAUGUCAGACAGUAAUCCAGUGAGGUUCAAUAGUCUUAAAAUAAAUAGAUUAACACCCUCCAGGGGCAACUUUAAACGCUCUAAUUUUAAAGACACGUGUUGCCGUUCAGCAUUUUUGGACAGCAGAUGCAAUGAGUCUGUAAAAGAUCCUGAUGCAGAACAUGAAGAAGUACCGAGUGUAACAAGUGUAUCAUUGCUACAGGAGCAUUCUGAGCACAUCCAUCCAAGGAACUUCUUUCCCAGGUCACCAUCUAUUGAAAAAGAAUUGAAUUCUAUCUCCUUAUCAGAAGAAAGAGAACCAAAUAGGAGUGCAGGUUUUUUUGAAACUCCUAAAUCAAGUAGAAAAGGCUCCUCACUAUGCAGGAGGCUUCUUUUACCCAAGAGUGGUGAAGCUGGCACAGCUGUAAGAUGCUGUGACAGACAACCUAGUUCUUCAGGAAGCAUCAGGAAAAAAAUAUUCUCUUGUGUUCUGAGCUCUGAUGAAAAGCUUUCACAAACUGCUGCAGAUUCUCCAAAAGAUAAAGGUUACAAACCUCUGACAGCUAGCACUUCAGAACCUGAGGACUCUAAUCCUGAUUCUCCAAGACGGAGACUUUCCUUUUCACAACAAAGGACUUCUACUCUAGAUGAGUCCCAGUGUAAGGACCCCUUAUUGUUAGAAUCAGAAAAUUUAUCUCCAAUUCAGUGGAAGGAUGUCACUGCUAGUAACAGUAGUACUGCUAGUAACGAAUGUAAUGCAAGUGUUCUUGUGAGUGUUAGAGAUAGGGUGCUUAGGACUCCUACAUACAAUGUGUUACCUGAAGCCAGUGAGGGUAAAUUCCUGACUUCUAUCACCAGUCCUGUAGAGAACUUGAACUUUGGACUGUGUGAUAUAAACUCUCCCCCUGUUAAGGUAGCAAAUUACCCAGAUCUCUCAACGCCUGAGGAUAGCGGAUAUAAUUCACUUCCUUUGGACAAAUCGGGAGACUCAUUGUCUGAUUAUGAGGGAUCUUUCCAAGAGCUCCUCCAAAAGCACAAAGAGGAUUCCAAAACUUUAGACAGUAAAAGAAAGACAAGAAAACUUGAGCGAGUCAGAAGGUUAUCCACUCUUCGGGAACUAGGCUCCCAGUCAGAGACAGAAGAUAAUCAUGGCAGUCCUACUUCAAUGCAUGUAUUAACAAAAGAAAGAAACUUUGUCAGUGAAGAUCAUGAUUUAGUUCUAAAAGAACAGCCUGCUGGAGACCUGGUUGUAAGUCAUGGAGAUCUCUCAAGAACUCCAGCUCUAAAAAUUGUUCAUGAAAUUUGCUUGCAAAGACAAAGAUCACAGCAAAAACAAAUCUCAGAGAAUAUUGAUGGAAAAGAAAUAUUUGCAUUAGAUCCUGUUCUUCCUGGACUUAUUGGCAAGAAAAUGGGCCUUGAAAAAUUAGAUAUUUUAACGGAAUUGAAAGAUAGAAAUUUAAAACAUGUUCUUGCUAUAGUUUUAGAUGCUUUGACAGUGGAAAGUCUCUGCAGCAUUUGGAAAGUAAGCAAAAGCUGGCGUGAAAUCAUUGUACAAGACAGAAGUUCAGAUCAGAGGAGAAAGUUGUACACAAAACAGAUGAAAGAAGCAGCUCGGGAAUAUUUAUUGAAAACUGAAGAUGCUGCUACAAGACUUAACAUUCUCAAUAGAUCUGCUCUAAGGCCUGUUCAAGCUCAAGCCAGAACUCCUGUUUUACAGACACCACCUUCACACAGUGAACUUACACCUAGGAGAUGCAGUUCUCUUCCCCACUCAUCUAGUAGGCAGGAAGAAUACAUGAAAGUUGCUAAAACUCUGUUCACUGAUGAAGCUCUAAAACCUUGUCCAAGAUGUCAAUAUCCUGCUAAAUAUCAAUUGGUAAAGAAACGAGGACUAUGUAGCAGGGAAGCAUGUGCAUUUGAGUUCUGUAUUUUAUGUCUGCAUGCAUUCCAUGGGUCAAAAGAAUGUAAUAGUUUAUCUGCAAAACGGAAGAAUAAAAAAGAUGCUCCACCAGGAAGUGCCCAAAGCAAAAGAAAUUUAAAAAGACUCUAAAUUUUUAAGGCAUUCUUACAUUUAAUUCCUUUUACCCUCCCCCUUAAUUCCUGAUCUUGUUCCUGUUCUUCCUAAAAGGAUGCAUUUUGAAGCAUCCCAUUUGUUCUUGCUGAUUUACC